AUGGCGGCGGCGGCGGAGCAGCAGCCGCAGUCGCAGUCGCCGCAGCAGCAGCCGCCGGAGGAUGAGCAGCAGGCCAUAGCCGCGGUGGACGUGCUCUUAGUUUUGGUUUUUUUUUCCUUCAGUGUCAUAGAAGAUUAUAAAAAAGCCAUUGAGAAUGAAAAAGCCUCUUUCUGGAGCAAGACGUUAGCCUUGCAAAGGAUGCAGGUUAUGGCUGCCCUGAGAGACAAAAUGAAGCAAAAUGAUAAUGACUCACAACUGAUGCUGGAAACUUUGCAAGACAUAGUAAGCCUCAGCCAGGAAAUAGCUGCAUGUCAGCAGCAAGCACGUGAAAAGGAACAGAAAGUGGCUGACAUUCAAAAGGAAAGACUUUUACUAAAAAAAGCCGGAAGACAGAAACUAACGGAAAUCCAUGACAUGAUGAACAAACUAAAAGAGAAACAAACAAUUGAGGAUGUGAAAAUGCUGGAGAAGAUGCGUAUUGCCUACCAGAAAGAGAGAAAGAUUACUUCAGUAAUUCAAAAUGUAUUGCAGUGCAUCAUACUUGGAAGCAGAGUUAACUGGGCAGAAGAUCCAUCUUUAAAGGAACUUGUUCUACAGCUUGAAAAAAAAGUCUGAGUUGGGAGAGGUGGUCUUUAAUUUUUUUCAUAUAGUGUACGUACUCACUCUCCUGAAUUUAAUAAAUUAAUACACAUUAUGAAAACAUAAUUUGACCUUUCUGGGGGUGUCUGUUCACUGAAGAGACUGAGAAUGUAGUCACACAAUUCUUUGAAGUGAAAUUUAGUUCCUGGUAUACAGUAAAUGUUUGAACAG